AUGGGGAGACCCAAAGGCCGAGCGGCGGCACCGCCUGGACCCGGGGUUUCUGAGCGGCAGCGGCAGCGGCAGCGGCAGCAGGAAAUGCGAGGGAAGCAGCGUCCAGCCCCGCGACCAGGGCAGCACAGCGAAGAGAAGAAGAAAGUGAAUUGCAAGCCCAAGAACCAGGAUGAGCAGGAGAUCCCUUUCCGACUGCGGGAGAUCAUGAGGAGCCGAGAGCAGAUGAGAAACCCCAUCAGUAACAGGAAGAGGAAGAAGGAAGCCCAGGUGGCCUUCAGAAAGACACUGGAAAAGGAGGCCAAGGGGGUGGAGCCAGACAUCGCUGUCCCCAAGUUCAAGCAGAAGAAGUGGGAGUCGGACAAGGCCUACAUCCAGCGCAUGGAGCAGGAGACCCAGCACGUGAUGUUCCUCAGCAAAAACCAGGCCACCUGGCAGCCUGAGGCCCAGGAGACCCCCAGGAGGGAGAAGUCGGAGCGCAAGAAGGCAUUCCAGAAGAGACGGGUGGCUAAGGUCCAGCGGAGGAAGGAGGACAAGGCAGCAGACCAGCUGGAACAGGAGUUGCUCCGAGACACAGUGAAGUUUGGGGAGGUUGCUUUGCAGCCCCCACAGCUCACAGCCAAGCCCAGGAAGAGCCUGGACAAAGGACAGCUGGGCAAGUCUACCCUGAUACUGAAGAUGCUUCUGGGUCCUGGCCAUUCUACCCAGCCUUUGGGCACCUCCCUGGCCAGGCAGCGGAUUUUGGGGGAGGAGAGAGAGCGCGUGGUGCAGGCCUACCGAGAGUUGAAAAGGCGAAAGCAGCAGGGACCUAGGUCUGCAGGAGAGAAGCCAGGAGGAGUCCACUUGUGA